GGAAUCCUCCGCGACUAUUCCGUCGCCGGUUGCGUUACGUAACGCAGAAUUGCGGCGGUAUCGGUGUUGGAAGCGCAGUCACGGCCAGUUGUGCUGCCGCCAGCUCGGGAGAAUUACUCGUGGAAGUCUUCGUCGACGAGGUUCGCUUACCGGUGGUCCGGGCUCCUUUUGGGACAUUCGUAUUUUUAGUAACGAAUAUAUAUUUCGCUUAAUAGGUGUUUAAAGUUAGGGGUGGAACUGAUCUGAUUUGGGUUUGUGUCAUCAUUGGAAUGUAAUACGUAGUUUUUCUUGGGAGUCGUGUUUAAGAUCCACACGUUGGCAUACUGGCGGGGGCAGACCUGAUCCUAGACAACGGGUGCGGCGAGGGCGGGGUAAUACUCAGCGAUAAAAGUUGCUUGACGACGUACAUUUUCAAUCCGGUCGAAACCUGCACCGGCACGCCGAGUCCGGAAAAGUGCAACGUGAAAACGCCCGAUCCGGGCCUGCGGCCGAGUCCUGCCAGAGAUGCAGUCUCGACGGAUGUCGCUCACAUGCAUCCGAACUUCCUCUACGGGAAAGUGCUGCCCGACGGGAAGCCCAAUUUUCCCACGGACUAUGAGCUGAGUUUCAAGAAUUGCAACUUCAGCGCCGGUGCCGAUCAUGCCAAGUGCUGCGUCGGGGGACAUUUCGGGAGGGACCUGAGUUUCGGUCACUUGUACACCAUCAGUAAAAGCGAUCGAAUAGAAGAAAGAACCUACGAUGAGCCCUACACCGGCGACCUUCCCAGAAGAUCGUGGCUGUGUUGCCCGGGAUCCCAGCAACAUAUGCCCGACAACGAUCAACCGCCCUUGCUGGACGCGGCCACCACCUCCUCCAAGACCCCAUCCACCCCUCUAGCAGACGCUAUCACCAAACCUCCCGGAUUUAACGUUUGUUCCGGAACCUGCGAGAGGCUCCAAAGACAAUUAGACGAGCAGGCUCAACGCUACGAGGAGCAAUUAACGGAGUUGCAUUCCGUUAUAGCAGAACUGACGAGAAAAUUGCAUCACCACCGUUCGAUGGUUGUACCAGAAGAAGAGGAAAUAUCGGAAUCCUGUACAAGCGCUCAUGAAGAUUCGGUAACGUGUCCUUUGGAAGUCAGCGAAUUAGAACCCAUAGAUAAUGAACUCUCCGAUACAGAUAACAAAAUGCCGUUCCCCGACAGCCCUCAGGCGCUGCCGGAACCGAAAUUGACUUUAUCGCAUCAGGAUCACAACGAGCUUUCGCCCUUUUUGGACACAGUGGAGCCGCUCAAGAAUGAAAUAGCUAGCUUGAAACACCAACUGCACGAGGCCCACGCCAGAUUGGCCCAAAUGGCGUUGUCCAGAAUUGAAGAGACUGGCGACGAAGAAACCGUCACAACAACCAAUAGUAAAAAUAUGGAGUCGCCCGAAUCCCAUUUAGAACUAGACUGCGAGCCGAAAAUGUACCACGAGGAAAAAAUCGACAUAAAAUUCAGCAAUAUCGUGCCCAUUCACAAGACGAACGCCAGGAACAACACCUACUCGUCGGCGCCGGUGACCAAAGUCGCCGAACGGAUCAAGCUGAAACGGGCGUCGGAUCAGCGUAACAUAAAUCCGAACGAUUUGAUAAAUUCGGAUCUGUCGACGGCCGUGGCGGAGCACAUCGUGGGCGACAUAUUGAAACAGUGCGACAUCCAAGCGGAGAAGCAGGGAUUGGAUAUCGAAAUUAGGAAAAUCAACGCGAAAUUGGAGAAUUCCAGGUCGCAGAAUUCCGUUUUGGCGUUGACGUUGUCGGAAACGAAAGCGCAUUGUGAUAGAUUGGCUUUGUUGUGCGGCAAAUACGAAUCGAACGCCAUCGCUUUGCAACUGGCAUUGGGCAUAAGCGAUCGAAUAAUCGAAGCGUACGACGUUCUAUUGGCGUUGCUCGAGACCGAGUUGAGCCUCAAAGAGGAGGAUUCCGAAACGGUGCAGAACAGGAGCGCCGCGGAAACCGUUGCCAAGCAAUUACUGCACCAUUUAGAUUCAUAUCAGAGCACCGACAUAUUGCUCUCCCCUUGGCAAAAUCACGCUUAUAACAGUCCAACGAUCGAUUGUGACGAGCCUUGGACUUCGGAGCAUGAAAUGAGAUUGAGGGAGCACGUGUCGCGACUGAAAGCCGAAAGGAGCAACAUUCAGGGAACUUACGUCGUUUUGGAGUCGACUCAGCUCGAAAAUAUGCCGGUGCGACCUUCCAGUACGCAGGAAGCCAGAAAAAUGGACCUGGAAAUGGCCGUGUUGAUGCAGGAACUCAUGGGAUUACGAGAAGACAAGGCUGAACUGAUAUCCAAACUGUUCGGUUUGGAGAAAGAAAAAUGUGCCAUAGAACUUAAACUGAAAUAUUCCGAAGGCCAACAGAAGGCCCAAUCGGCGACUUUGAAGAACCUCCAAGGGCAACUCAAAGACACCGAAGCUCUAUUGGCGAUAGCCACACAGAGCAAGUGUGUGCAGGAACAAGGCUACUCGGACGCGGAGCAUGCGCAAGGAGUCGAACUGGAGCUGAUGCAGGCGCUGGCGAGAGAGGCAAGACUGAAAGUUAGAUUGCAGGAGUUAGUAACGACGUUGGAGCAAGUUACGAAAAACGCCGAGGCUAGAUUAUUGGAAGGAAGGGAGAUAGUACAAGAUCUGAACCAUACCAAUAGUAUAUUAGCUGAUACCGUAGACAGAAAUAACAAGAAAUAUCAAGCUAAAUUUAAGAAAAUGGAACAACAGAUGUUUUUAUUAGUAGAGAAGCACAAUACCCAGGUUCAAAACCUCCAACAGAGGAUAGCUACAUUAGAAACUCCGCCGACAAAUAGUUCGGAAAAUUUCAUAAACUCCGUAGCUGUGUAGCCUCCCGGCAACGUUGUAAUUUUAUUUGUGCGAUCGAGUAACUUUGAAGCCGUUAAGUUGGUGUUUCUGUUCUUGAUUUUUUUCGACGAGACAAGUAACCAGAGAGCAUUUUAGCUAAGCUUGUGUAAUGGAUCUAAUUUUUCGAGUCGAAUGUUUGGAGUUGGUAUUGCGUAAGGUUGUUUAAAAUAGUAGGAGUAACGUGCUGUUCGAAUCCGCAAUUAAAGUGAAAUCCAUAAGGCGGAGUCAGCGAGAUACAGGGUGUCCCACAUAAGAACCGACACAAAUAAGGGGCAUGUAGGAAAACCUAAAAUAUGUUGUUUAACACAACUUAAUACAAAGUUACAAUACUGAGAAGUUAUUGGCCUUCAAAGUGGAGUUACAAGGAGUGGAGUUGUUAUGAAACCUUUAUCUAAAAUGGCAUCUAACGUGGAUUUCACUAUAAAAAUGAUUUUUUUAUAUACAAAUAACUAACUGGUAAAUAUUGAAAAAAAAAAUAUUUUAUUUAUAGCCGUUCAUUAAUAAUAAUUAACAAAAAUCCGUUAUUAAUUAAGUUUAAGUGAGGCUUAAAAUGUUCGUCAAAAAUAUUUACAAUAAUAAAAGCAAUAGCUGUUAUUUGCUAAGGGAAUUUGAGAAUUUGUGUAAAAUGAACGUAGAUUGAAAUGGUCUGUAAUUGUGCUAAGGUGUGUCUGCCUCGCUGUGAUUAACUUAAACCCUUAUUAAAUAUGGCAAAUAUACGUAUUAUCAGGAAAUUAUUUAUUUUCAUUGAGAAUCAAUAUAAAAAAUUAUACUAAUAGUAUUUGUUUUGUUAUUUGUUUUGUAUAAUAAACUUUUUUAUGUCCUAAUGUUUUAUAUUUUUUUUACCCUAUUCCUAAUAAGAUUU